AUGUCAACUUGUGACACGCGUGUUUCCUGUCCGGACCCCUUGUUGAACCGUCAACUUGAAAAGCUGGGGAGUUGUCCUACUCCUUCAGUUGUUCAGACGUCGCUUCCCCGGUUGACUUUCGGUGCUUACGCGGUCGACGGAGGAAACGGUAGCGUGGCGGCGGAGACACACGGACGGAACAUUAGCAGGUGGCCCCCCUAUGCCACUUUUGGAGGCAGGGAAACAAGCAGCCCAUGA